AAAGAGAAAGAGGUACAUCUGCCUCUUCCUCCAACUUCUUCUUCUUCUUCUAGUGGCUCACACACCCAUCUCUCUCUCUCUCUCUCUCUCUCUCUCUCUCUCUCUCUCUCUCUCUCUCUCUCUCUCUCUCUCUCUCUCUCUCUCUCUCUCUCUCUCUCUCUCUCUCUUACAUAUUCAUAUAACAAGUUUGUGCUAAUGCAUGGCACUUUUAUAAAGAGAAAAGUUCAAAGAAAGAAAGAAAGAAAAUCCCUUUUUAACACUUGUUAUGAUGAUCAUCAUCAUCAUCAUAUGAAUGUUGUUGUUGUUGAGAAUACCAAAACAAAGAAAAGAUCACAACUUUUGAUCUAAAUGGGCUCUCUUCUAAAAAGGGUGUUUGAUAAAAUUACUGGUUUUGCUACCAAUUCAUGGAGAAGAAGUACAAUCAUAACACCUCGUGGUAGAAGAGUUUUUCAUAGAGACGUUGAAAGAGAAGAGUUUCAAUAUGCAAAUACAUAUUGUCUUUCUUCAUAUUAUAGUGUCUUUGUUGCUCGUCUUGCCAUUAUGGUUAUGUUAGCUAUUUUGAUUGGUCUUUUGACCAUUUUGACAUGGCAUUUUACAAGGAUUUACACUGCAAAAUCACUUAGUAAUUUGGCUUAUGGUCUUCGCCAUGAACUUCUUCAACGCCCCAUUUUGAGGAUGUGGAACAUUUUGAAUUCCACGGCGGAAAUCACAACUGCUCAGGUUAAACUCUCUGAGUAUGUCAUCAAACGUUAUAGCAACCCUACUACUCAAGCUGAACAAGUUGAGCUUUAUGAAUCAAUGAGGGAUGUGACAUGGGCGUUAUUUGCAAGCAGAAAAGCUCUAAAUGCAAUCACAAUAAACUACCGAAAUGGUUUUGUUCAAGCCUUUCAUAGAGAUCACAGAAGCAACAACACAUUCUACAUUUACUCUGAUCUUUCAAACUACUCAAUAAGUGCUGGACAAAACUAUGAUGCUUCCCAAAUGCUUUCAUCACACCAAGUAUGGAAUGAUCAAUCCAUACAUGGCAAUUUCUCAGCCAUAUGGUACAAAGAGCCACUCGAUCCAAUCACAGGCGAUAAGUUGGGAAAAGCUAGGCCUAUCCCACCAGAGGAUUUGAUCAAUAUCGCCGGUCUUUCACAAGUUCCCGAUGGUGUAGCAACAUGGCAUGUUGCAGUGAGCAAAUACUCAGGUUCCCCUAUGCUUUCAGCAGCAUUGCCUGUUAUGGAUGCUGCUAAUAAGAGCAUAGUCGCCGUUGUUGGUGUUACCACCGCCUUGUAUAGCGUUGGACAACUUAUGAAAGAGCUUGUUGAGUUUCAUAGUGGCCAUAUUUACUUAACAUCACAAGAAGGUUACUUGCUUUCAACUUCAACUAAUGCUCCUCUCUUGAGAAACACAACAAAAGGGCCUAAACUUAUGAUGGCUGUCGAUUCUGAGGACGAGGUUAUUCGAAUGGGGGCAACUUGGUUACAAAGAAAAUAUGGGAAUGAGUUUCCUCCUAGUCAUGAAGUUCAUAUUGAGAAUGCUCAGCUUGGUAAUCAGCAAUAUUACAUUGACUCAUUUUUCCUAAAACUAAAGAGACUUCCUCUGGUGGGUGUUAUAAUUAUUCCAAGAAAGUAUAUAAUGGGAAAGGUGGAUGAGAGAGCUUUGAAAACAUUGGUUAUAUUGAUAUCUGCAUCAUUGUGUAUUUUAGUGAUUGGAUGCAUUUGUAUUUUUAUACUUACUAAUGGAGUAUCUAAAGAAAUGAAACUUAGAGCUGAACUCAUUAGUCAUCUUGAUGCAAGAAGAAGAGCAGAAGCUUCUAGCAACUACAAAAGCCAAUUCCUAGCGAAUAUGAGUCAUGAAUUGAGGACACCAAUGGCUGCAGUUAUUGGAUUAUUGGACAUUCUAAUAUGUGAUGAUUGCCUCACAAAUGAACAAUAUGCUACAGUUACACAGAUCAGAAAAUGCUCAACAGCUUUGCUUAGGCUUCUUAACAACAUAUUAGAUCUCAGCAAAGUUGAAUCUGGAAAACUUGUGUUGGAAGAAGCUGAAUUUGACUUGGGAAGAGAGCUUGAAGGGCUUGUUGAUAUGUUCUCAGUUCAAUGCAUAAACCACAAUGUGGAGACUGUCUUAGAUCUUUCUGAUGACAUGCCAAGAUUAGUUCAAGGGGACUCUGCAAGAGUUGUACAAAUAUUUGCAAAUCUAAUCAGCAAUUCAAUCAAAUUCACUACAUCGGGACAUGUCAUACUUAGAGGGUGGUGUCAAAAUUUCAAUACCUUUAAUAGCACAGGGAGUAAGUUCCCUCAUGAACAUAAGAAACAAAGAUGUGCACACAAGAUGAAACUAAGGCAUCAAGGUCAUCAUGCAAGGGAAACACCUAAGAAAGACAACAAAAAGAUUCUUUGGUUUGAGGUCGACGACACUGGCUGCGGGAUUGAUACAAGUAAAUGGGAGUCUGUUUUCGAAAGUUUCGAGCAAGCAGAUCCCUCUACUACUAGAACGCAUGGUGGUACUGGUCUUGGACUCUGCAUUGUAAGGACUUUGGUCAAUAAAAUGGGUGGUGAAAUCAAGGUUGUAAAGAAAAACAGUCCUGGAACUCUAAUGCAGCUUUACUUGGUUCUCAAUACACCAGCAGAUAGCAUAGAACAACAUUGUCAAAUCGAUUUCGCAAAGCAUGGCUUGGUGGUGUUGCUUGCACUAAAUGGAAGCAUGGGAAGAUUGAUCAUGUCACAAUGGUUGAGAAAAAAUGGAGUGUUCAACAUAGAAGUAUCUGAUUGGAAUGAACUCACACAAAUUCUCAAGGAACUUUUUCAAGGAAGUAACUCAGUUCGAAAUAAAGGUUUCGAAACACAGUUUUCGCUGAAUGAUAACUUGAGAGCUGAGUUGCUUAAUGUUUAUGAAAUGAGAAAUCCAUAUUUUCUUAUGGUUGUGGACAUAGCUGUUCUUGAUUUGAGCACUGAUAUAUGGAAAGAACAGCUUAACUUUCUUGAUAAGUACCAUGGUAAGGCGAAAUUCGCUUGGAUGCUAAAUCAUGACACAUCAAACCCGAUUAAGAUGGAGCUUAGGAGAAAAGGUCAUGUGUUAAUGGUUAACAAACCUCUUUACAAGGCGAAAAUGGUUCAGAUUCUUGAGGCUGUUAUAAAGGAGAAAAAUCUUGAGCAGCAUCAGCAUCAGAAGAGAAGUAGUAGCACAAGUGUUAUGAGAAGUAAUAACGGGAAAGAAGGCGAUUUGCACGAGUGUCUUGAGAUUGAUUCAACUCAGUUUGAGAGUGCUAGUAGUGAUGAAUCUGAUAUCUCUGAUUUGGGUCAAUCUACAUUUCAAAUGGAAGAAAAUCAAAGGGAGAAAAUGACUAAACUUCAAUCUUCUAAAUACCAAGGUGUUAAAAAUUGCUUAGUUGAAUUAACUCAUGUGUACCAAGAUGAAAACAACAUGAGAAAGAAAGAUCAUCAUCAUCAACAUUAUCAUCAUCAAGAACAGAUUGGAAGCAAUAACAACACAAAACCCGAAUCAAGAAACUCGAUAUCUGCAUCACAACAACAGCUCAUUGCUCCUCCUAAAGAACAAGGACAUUGUUUUGGAGCUAAAGCUAUGAAUGACAAUAAAUCUCUUGAAGGUCUAAGGAUAUUGAUCGCUGAAGACACACCGGUUCUCCAAAGAGUGGCAACCAUAAUGCUCGAGAAAAUGGGGGCGAUGGUGACCGCGGUUGGUGAUGGAUUACAAGCAGUAGAGGCUUUAUAUUGCUCACUCAAUGCAGAAGAAGAUGCCUGCACAAGCUCACAAGACGAAAAAUCGAAUCCCCCUCCAUUCGACUUGAUUCUAAUGGAUUGUCAGAUGCCAAAGAUGGAUGGUUAUGAAGCAACAAAAGCAAUAAGAAAAUCAGAAGAAGGAAGUAGUUUACAUAUUCCUAUUGUGGCUUUAACAGCUCAUGCAAUGUCAUCUGAUGAAACCAAGUGUUUGGAGGUGGGAAUGGAUGCUUAUCUAACUAAGCCUAUUGACUAUAAGUUAAUGGUUUCAACCAUUCUUUCACUCACUAAAACAAAAUCACUCUAACUAUCCAAAAACAAAGUCAAAGACAGAGUUGGUUAGCUAAUAAGUUUGCUUUCUCAUCUCAUUCUCAUGUAAAAUUUAUAUAAAUAUAUAUAUAGAUAAGGUUACUA